UCGGCGCCAUCUUGGUUUACCUCAGCACAACAAACCUGAGGUAAAGGCGGACUUCACUGAUGUUUAGCUGAAACCUGAUUAAAAGGGCAGAUUCUGUAGCUGUGUGUCAUUUAAUUGUUAUUCCGGUAAAAAUGGAGGUUGAUGAAAGCAGUGGGGCUCCGAAGCGGAGGGUUCACGGCCUGCUGCAGCUUUAUUACGGCCUCAGUGUGGACGGGAAACCGGAGCAGGAGGAAGCCGCGGAUCCGUGUGACAUCAACGGGCCUCAGUUCGACCCUGAGCUUUUCCUCAACAAGAUGAGAAAGGAGUGCUCUCUAACAGAACUAAUGGACCAGGAGAGCUGUAUGGUGAAGCAGAUUCGCUCUCUGGACAGUGACAUGCAGACUCUGGUCUAUGAAAAUUACAACAAGUUUAUUUCUGCUACAGACACCAUCAGGAAAAUGAAAAAUGACUUUAAGAAGAUGGAGGAUGAGAUGGACUGUCUCUCAGCCAACAUGGCUGCCAUCACAGAGUUCAGUGCUAAGAUCAGCAGCACACUGCAGGACCAGCACACACAGAUCACCAAGCUGUCAGGGGUUCACUCUCUGGUGCGUAAGCUGCAGUUCCUGUUCGAGUUCCCAGCAUGGUUAAGGAAGUGUGUUGAGUGUGGUGAGUUUGGGCGAGCGGUCAGUGCUCAGAGGAGGGCGCGCUGUGUCCUCAACCACUACAACAACAUCACCUCGUUCAGGGGCAUCCAGGAUGGGUGUAACACCAUCAUGCUGGAACUAACACUGCACCUCAGGGACAGGUUCAGUGACAACAGUGCGAGUGCGAAGGAGCUGUCAGAGUGCGUGGAGCUGCUGCUGCAGCUAGACGAACCAGCUGAGGAGCUCUGUGACAAAUUCCUAAGCCACGCCCACUCUAAGCUGGAGGCGGAUCUACAGGUCUUAGAGGCGGAACUUAGCGAUUCCACCCAGAAGCCAACCCUUGUGUCUCCAUCCAAUUCGAACCCUUUCCUGUCCCCGGCAAACAGGAUGGACAUUCUGGAGUUCAUCGAUCGAGGCUGUAACGAGUUUGUCAGUAAUCUUUGUUUAGUUAUUGCCUCUUAUCAGGAGUUAUUUAUUACUCGUCCACAGGGAGGCGAUCAAGCUCUCCAACACCUUCCUCAGAUGGCCAGUGAGAAGCUGCAGUGUUUUGUGGACACUUUGGCAGGCAGGUACUUCACACUAGUGGAGCGCAGGAUACAGGAGGAGAAGGGCGUAGGGGACAAUUCCCUCCUUGUGAGAGCGUUGGAUCGUUUCCACCGCCGUCUCCAGGCCGUGUCUAAAUUGCUUCCGGGGUCAGUGGUCACGAGCCGGGGGACUGACAUCGUUAUCAAUGCGGCACGAGAGCGAAUCAAACAGUACCUGUGUGCGUUACAGAGCUUCUACCUGGAUAGCCUGACUGAUGUCAGACAAGCUCUCGCUGCACCACGGACCACAGUUAGUGGAGCUAGUGGAACGGGCGGUUCUGCUGCCAAAGAUUCCCAGCCCACUCUCCCAGAUUUACUGACCUCGCUGUCAAACUCCAUUCUCAAUCAGAUCAAAUCUGUUUUAAUGUCUGUGCACCUCUUCACUGCUAAAGACAUCACCUUCUCCAACAAACCCUACUUCAAGGGGGAGUUCUGCAGUCAAGGUGUGAGAGAGGGGCUUAUUGUGAGCUUCAUUAAGUUUAUCUGUCAGUCAUCACGUCAGUUCUGUGAGAGUGCAGGCGACCGGAGCAGCUCAACCCCGCCCACAUUACUGCUGUUGCUGUCACGCCUCUGCCUCGACUAUGACACCUCCACUAUCUCCUACAUCCUCACGCUGACUGAUGAGCAGUUCCUCACACCGCCUCAUUCUCCGAUAACUACAGUGACGACUCUGUGUGCUGAGGCCCGAGAGGCAGCACAGAAACUCCUCAACCACUACGUCAAGGUUCAGGGUUUAAUCAUCUCUCAGAUGUUGAGGAAGAGUGUGGAGACAAGGGACUGGGUGAACACCAUCGAGCCACGGAACGUACGUGCGGUCAUGAAGAGAGUGGUGGAGGACACGACGGCCAUUGACGUCCAGGUGGGCUUGCUAUAUGAGGAGGGGGUGAGGAAAGCCCACAGCAGUGACUCCAGUAAACGUACAUUCUCUGUCUACAGCAGCUCCAGACAACAGCUGCGUUAUGCGCCCAGCUACACACCCAGCGCUCCAAUGGACACCAACCUGUUGAGUAACAUCCACAAGCUUUUCUCUGAGAGAAUCGACAUCUUCAGCCCUGUGGAGUUCAACAAGGUGUCUGUGCUUACAGGUAUAGUGAAGAUCAGUCUGAAGUCGUUGGUUGAGUGUGUACGUGUGCGCUCGUUCGGUCGGUUCGGAUUGCAGCAGGUACAAGUGGACUGUCACUACCUGCAGCUUUACCUGUGGCGCUUUGUCUCGGAUGAAAACCUUGUCCACUUCCUGCUGGAUGAGAUUGUGAGCAGCACAGCACAUCGCUGCAUAGAUCCAGUUCCCAUGGAGCAGAGUGUCAUUGAACUCAUCUGUGAGCGGGGGUAGACCCAGGGUCGUGGUGUGGGGCAGAGGCAUUGGUGUGUGUGUGUGUGAGAGAGAGACAGAGAAAUAUGAUGUGUGUAAGUGAUUGUGUCUUGUCUGUUUGUGAACAGUAAUAUAAUAAUAUGGAGUGUGUGAGUGAGUAAUUCUGAGACUGAGAGUUGAACUGAAUUUCUGAAUGAACAUGUGAGCAUUCAAGUAUUUAUUUGAGUAAUAAAGCUGUUGUCCUUAAUAAAUAAAAUCACUAUCAUUCGA